ACAGUUCAAAUUGUUCCUGAGAUUGCAAUGAGAGAAAAAAGAAUUAGCUUUCUUUUUCAUUUCUUUAGGGCUCUAAAUCGUAAGGAGAUGUAUGAGAGAUUUAGAUACUUAUGAGAAUUAAUUCAAGUGUGGGGAUGUUGCAUGGAAGUUGAAGGAACCAAAAUAUCACAAAAUUACUUUUAAUAAUUUUUUACUAGAUAUUAUAAAGAGAUUAUAACUGAAAAAAUAUACAUAAUUUGUUUUUUCAUUUGAUUUUUGAUGUGCUAUAGCAAGUAGUUGGGAAUGCCAAGGUCAUGAUGUGAAGGGCUACAUGUUUGUUCCUAUUUGCAAUUUUAUCAUCUAUUGGUAGGAGAGGUUUGGAAGAUGUAUGCGGGGUUGAAUGGGCUGCAAGAAUAUGCAAGUCAACUCACUGACUUCGUGGUUUUUUGAAAUUACUUUAUACAAUAUGAUAGAGAUGGCUUUUGAGUUGUAUGGGAUGCUGGAUGGAAGAAUUAGUCCAAUGACUGGUGAGCCUGUAAAGCCAGUCUAUGGUGGUGAUGAUGAGGCUUUUCUAAAGAAAGUGGUAACUCCAAUAUAUGAGAAAAUAGCAAAGGAAGCUAAAAGGAGAAGAGGAAAAGCAAAGCAUUCUCGGUGGAGAAAUUAUGAUGAUUUAAAUGAAAACUUCUGGUCAGUUGAUUGUUUUCGGCUAGGUUGGCCUAUGCGUGCUGACGCUGAUUUCUUUUGCCAACCUCUGGAAAAGCUUCGAGUUGACAAAAAGUUUGUAUGUUGUAAUUUUCGGUUAUAUGUUGCUUGUUUGUUAGUUUUCUAGUCUUGUUUAUGUUUCUUUGAAACAUAUAAAUCUAAAUUUAUUUCUUUUAUUGAAGAAGAUUUUUUUUUUUUUAAUUAAUCUUAUCUUAUUUCAUUGUAAAUUCAUGAAAUAUUGUCCCUUGAUGGAACAGGGAAUUUUCCUACUCUAUCUUAAGCUUUUUUGUACUAAA